UACUCAUAAACAUCUAAAUGCUAAGCUUGCAUCCAUCCUGUCGCGGCCAUCCAACUAUCCUCUACACCGGUUCCGUCACCAAUACCAGACCAGUAUUACCACUACCACUCUAUUCAAUCCCCCGGUCUUUACCUUCCACGUCACCUCCUCGACUAAGCAUCUUAUCACCGGCAGGCUACCAAGACUACAUCACUUAAGAUUCCUGCUACCGCUACCGCUAUUCCUAGGCGCCACGCCUUGUUAAAAGCUUGCCGUUUCUUCCCCUACCCUCACUAGAAGAUACCAAGCAUCUUCUCCCACUUUACCAAGACUCGCCAUGUGUAUAGCCGAGCUCAACGUCGCCAGUCGCGACUGCCAGCAUCGCUGGUAUCAUCUUGUUCGCUCCUGCAGCGACUCCACCAACCUCGACAACUGCACACGGAAGCUCGGUCUCGAGGGCUGGGAGAUCCGUUGUGACUUCUGUCCUUGGUGCGAUGGCUGGAACACAGACGAUGGCUCGUAUCGCAUCAUCGGCGGAGGUCGGACGCCGUCCACAGCAAGCAGUCACCAUCUAUCACGCAAGCCUUCCACAUCCUUGUCCAGCACACGACGAGAGAGCCGGUCAGGCAGUCUGUCACGAACGGGGAGCAACAAUAGCAUCACAGUAAUGUCCCACAGCGUAAAGAACAGAGCCAUCAAUGCUCGCAUCGACUCGUACCUCAACAACCGCCCGGAACGCAUGCAGUCCAUCGAUUCACGACUAUCAGAAUUCAUGGAGGAACAAGACGACGACGACGAUAGUCCGACGGAGUCAGGAUCUAGCAACAACGGCAGCCAACCAACUGGCUCACAUGCCAAACCCUCGUCCGUGUUCGGCAAAAGCCUCAGGAAGAAGACCAAGAUGAUGGGCAAAGGCUUCUUUAGCUUCGUCAAGUAGGGUCCAGCCAGGCUGGUGAUCUGUCACAUUUUCCUCGUUUGACAGCUUCCCCCGCCUCGAACUCUGCCUUGUCUUGGAGCGCACCUUUGUUUUGUCGAUACCCCACACAGCGCCAUUGUUAUUUUUCUUGCAGCGACACAAUGAAACGCUGUGCUUU